CAAUCUUAUAUAAAUAUCGCCUCUUUUAUCUGACUGUUUUUGCCAUUUCUUUGCCCUGAACUUUGGCUGGGUGUGUAUAAAUCAUAUAUUUAAGUCACCCUUUGAAGAACUACGUAAAAAUUUCCGACUCGUUCUGAAAAGAAUUAACUUUUUUAACGCGGUUAUGCUAAGAAUUCUGAGUAGGGUAGAUAGUCUAGCUUGGAAAAAUCGCUUGGGGCUUCAGUACUCCUCCCGUUACGUGAGCAGGUCAAUGUCUUCCAAGUGCACUGCUGGCAUCAUCAUCAUCGGGGAUGAAAUCACUAAAGGGAAGGUGGCAGAUACCAAUUCUCAUUACGUUGCUCAGAAGCUCUACGCAUUGGGGGUGGAUGUCUGCAAAAUAUCCGUCAUUCCAGAUCAAGUGGAUGUCAUCGCUGAAGAAGUGGCCCUCUUCUCCAAGAAGUUCACCCAUGUGGUCACAGCUGGGGGGAUCGGUCCAACCCAUGAUGACAUCACCUACCAGGCAAUCGCUCAUGGUCUGCAGCAGAGGCUGAUCCUCCUGCCCGAGCUGGUUGAGCUCAUCCAAUCCCAUUUCAAGAUCCCCGCUCCAUUAGAUUAUGAUCCCCUCAACCCUCCCACGUUUCCCUGUGAUGUGGAGACCAGCAGUUUCAAUCCGGCUCUGAAGAUGGCUCUAGUCCCAGCCUCUAGUCGAUUGCACCACAGCAAAGGUCUGUCCGUGUUCCCCAUGAUCCAGGUGGACAACGUGUACGUCAUGCCGGGCAUUCCGCAAUACCUGAAGAGGUGCUGCCGGCACUUGGAAACGCUGGCCCGCAAUCCCGACUGCGUCUUUCUCUCUCGCGAGAUUUACCUGCAGGCGGACGAAGUCGGUUUGGCGCCGAUUUUGAACGCCGCCGUCAAAGAAUUCGCCUCUCACGUCUCGUUCGGUUCCUACCCGGUCAUAGGUCACAGCUACUACCGCACCAAGUUGACGAUGGAAUCGACCGAUCCUGCCAAGCUGGACGCCGCUCACCAGCAUCUGUCGGCCGAGCUUCCAGCCGAUUGCAUCGUCCCUUACGAUCCCCAGGCCAUUGAGCGGGCACCGGAAGUCAUACAAGAUAUCAUCGACGGCCAGGGAGCCCAUCACCGGGAGCUCCACACUCCCAUAUCUAACGCCUAUCAGGUGAUUGAGGAGUGCCUGUCUCGUUACGAUCCGUCGGAGGUGUGCGUUUCGUUCAACGGCGGCAAGGACUGCAGCGCUCUGCUGCACCUCAUCCACGCGGCGUGGAUGACGGCCGCUGCUCGCCGUCGAUCCUCCUCCUCCUUUGUUUCGGGCCAGCCGUUGAAGUUGCGAGCUCUUUACAUCCGCGGACAGGACCCAUUCCCUGAGAUGGAACAGUUUAUCGAGGACACGCGACAAAGGUACGAUUUGGAAUUGUGGACCGUGGCGGGACCGGUGCGAUCCGGAUUGAAAAUCGCCUUGGAUGAGCAUCCCGAAAUCAAGGCCAUCCUCAUGGGAACCAGACGCAGCGAUCCUCACGCAGCCAAUCUGCAGGCCUUUCAGAUGACGGACGACGGCUGGCCGAGCGUGAUGAGGGUGAGCCCCAUUCUGGACUGGUCCUACCAACAGGUCUGGCUCUUUCUACGCCGACUCAGCCUCCCUUACUGCAACCUUUACGAUAGAGGAUACACUUCGGUGGGCAACCGUGGCAAUACCAAACCCAACGCGGCACUACGGGUGGUCGACCCUGGAACAGGACUGGAAACCUACCGGCCGGCUUACUUACUACACGAUUGCAUGGCCGAACGGCAGGGCCGUUUGUAAUAAGAAGAAAAAGAAAGGAAAGAAGAAAAUGAUGUUUCCAUCUGCAAUUUUCUCCUUUCCCCUUGAUGGGGGGAUCGUUGUGUCCGACAACGUUGUCAAAUCAGGAAAAAAUCCUUAUUUUUUAUUAUUUGUUUUUUCCACUAUUGAAAAAGGCCAGUUAGUUUUUUCUUUCGAAUGGAACUCGCCUUUUUCUACCAAUGUGCAACGAAAAAUACACACAGAAAUAGUGCAGGACA